AUGGAGGAGAACCCCGCUAGAGACGUCGAGACUGGCAGCGAGGCUGGAGGAGAGGACGCCCUGGUGGGGAACGUCAACAAGCUGGUGGUGAGUCCUCCAGGAUACUCAGGACCUCCGCGAAAAGGACACCUGGUGUUCGACGCCUGCUUCGAGAGCGGGAACCUGGGCCGCGUUGACUACAUCAGUGAGUUUGAGUUUGACCUCUUCAUCCGUCCUGACACCUGCAACCCCCGCUUCAGAGUGUGGUUCAACUUCACCGUGGAGAACGUCCGGGAGACACAG